AUGUCCACUGGAAUCUGCAGCUUUCCACAAAGCUUUGACCCAGCUGACAACCACCCCAGAAAUGUUUUCAAUAAAUCUGUCCCGUUCUUCCUAGUUCUCAGGAAAGACGGGUUUGAGAAAGAUUCCACCUUUGGAUGCCUUGUAGCGGAGCUGCCCCCGGAACAGAAGAGCAAAGAUGGUCGCACAAUCAUCGGGUACCAGUUCCAUUACCUGUCCUACUGCACGUGGGACGGCGGAAUCCUCUUCGGCGAAGAUCUCUACGUCGUGCCAGAAUUUCGAGGCAAAGGUAUUGGCACAAGCUUAAUGAAUAAAGUGGCAAAGAUCGCGUUGGAGAAAGGCUGCUCCGAGUUCCGCUUCAUCUCCGCCCGGUGGAACCAGCCAGCGAUGGAUUUCUACGCCAAGUUGGGAGCCGUGAAUGUUACGACUCGGGACCACUGGCACCUCUGCCACAUUGAAGGGCAGCAUGUCCGGAAGCUGGCGGAGCAAGCGAGGAAAUAGGAGCCGAGAUAUAUUGGCAGUACAGUGGUACCUUGGUUCUCAAACGUAAUCUGUUCCGGAAGUCCGUUCCAAAACCAAAGCGUUCCAAAACCAAGGCGUGCCUUCCCCUAGAAAGUAAUGCAAAACAGAUUAAUCUGUUCUAGACUUUUAAAAACAACCCCAUAAAAUAGCCAUUUAACAUGGAUUUUACUAUCUCAUGGGACCAUUGAACCAUAAAAUGAAAGCAAUAAUCAAUGUACUGUACUAUAAAAUAAAUAAGACAGUAUUGUAGAUGAUGCCUGUUGUCUUUGUCCAUGGAGUUUUCUUGGCAGGGAUACUGGAGUGGCUUGCCGGUUCCUUCUCCAGGUGGAUCACAUUUGGUCAAAACAUAACUUCUCUGAGUUAUUUAAGCCCCUUCGCCACGACAAGGCAGUGAUCCAUGAAAGGGACCCUGAUGUUGGGAAAGAUUGAGGGCACUAGGAGAAGGGGACGACAGAGGAUGAGAUGGUUGGACAGUGUUCUCAAAGCUACGAACAUGAGUUUGACCAAACUGCGGGAGGCAGUGGAAGACAGGAGUGCCUGGCGUGCUCUGGUCCAUGGGGUCAUGAAGAGUCGGACACGACUAAACGACUAAACAACAACAACAAUUGUAGAUGAUAAAAAUAAAAAAUAUUUUCUUUUCUUACCUGCACUGAUGAUAGUCAUUGUUUGGAUGGGGGGCUUUUAUCCAUUUCCGCAGUCACACAAUCAAUUAGUAGCUGAACUGGGUUCCACACAGUCACAAAAACAAAUUAACCGAAAAACCCUCAAAAACAAAAAUGCAAAAUAAAUAGCAAAAACAAAAGCGCCAAACGUAAUCCGUUCCGGAAGUCCGUUUGACUUCCGAAAUGUUUGAAAACCAAGGCACGGCUUCUGAUUGUUGCAGGCGCCCCAUAAACAAUAGCCGACAGCCGCAUCAGAUGUUUGGCUCACGAAAUACGUUCGAAAAACGGAACACUUAUUUCUGGGUUUUCGGCGUUUGAGAACCAAGGCGUUUGAGAACCAAGAUACCAUUGUACUUUUGGGCCCAGGUAAUUCAGGAUCCAUUUUCGUGCCCCUGGCUCCAAGC